AUGACAACAGUGGAAGCACUAAAAACCUAUUUUAUGGAGUCUUCUCCGCACAUGUGGACCCGAGAUAUUCGGGAACCGUCCUACACCUUUGAAUUUCAGGGCCAAGAAUGGGGACUCUAUCUCACGAAUGUGGUGGGAUGGGUUGAGCUCCUGGCGUUUUCCGCCCUGCAAGGCAUGCUCGUGACUCUCCUUUCGGCAUUUGUGUACAAGAUGAUUCUCCAAAAACAAGGAACUUGGAUCGCUUAUCUCUCCUGCUUCACGAUUGCUAUGCCUGCCCUCUACUUGAUACCCCUGGGCAUGUUCUACCUACUCAAUAUCCGCAACCAAUUCUUUCGAUUCUGCAUCGGAACCAUCAUUCCAGUGACCUGCCUCUUCAAAACCACAACAACAGCAUUUGGCUUUGCUCCCAAGUAUGCCACCACCUCGCUCAAGGCCUUUGCGUUUUACUACUCUGUGCCCUUGCCUAUGGAGCGGUCAGAAAAACUCGACAAAUACGAACCCAAUUCUGUGGCUGAAGUGGUCAACCAACUCACCGGUUUUGUUCAAAUGUUCAUUGCCAUGGGAUUUAUGAUUACAUUUUAUUCCUUGAUCCCUGACAUUAUGCCACCAAUGGGACUUGGAGAACCGCCUGCCGAGUACUACACCAUUGCCGACAUUUUUAAACCCAAAUCUCAAUUGCGCAACUUUCUCUAUCUCUGGUUCAUGUGUCCCCUUGUCACAUCCUGUGGAUAUGGAUUUAUGGCGGCUCAAAAUGUUGUGACUGGCGUCAAGGCUUGCUCUGUCAUGGAUAAUCCCUUUUUCACAACACGCAGCUACACCAUGUUUUGGGGAGGCAAAUGGAACCUCAUGAUUCAUCAGGUGCUCAAAUCAGGUGUCUAUCUGCCGGUUCGAAAGUACUUUCCCAAGCACAUUGCCAUGCUAUCGACCUUUGCGGCCAGUGGCUUGUUUCAUGAAGCCCUGCUAUGGAUGUUCAUGUUGCCAUUGGACGAUUCAAAUAAAUGUUGGUCUGAUCCAAAUGCCAGACACACUACAGUCGACUGCUACCUGCCUCGACCCUUCACAACAUCGCUAUUCUUUCUGUGGCAUGCUGGGGGCAUUGCUGUAGAAUAUUCGCCUUUGGUCAAGCACGCGACCUUUUGGGACAGUAUUCCAACUCCCAUUUGCUCUGUUUUGCUCAUUGCCAGCGGGUCUGUCCUUGCCCACUAUUUUACAGAGCCCUACUGGAACUCGUUGUGUUUUGAAAACGCCAUGGUCUUGUUUACCUUUGCCAAACCAUUGUGA